AUGGACGACGUCAAGGACAAGAUGAAGGGAUUCAUGAAGAAUCUCACCACCUCGAACUCCAAAUUCAAAGGCCAAGGCCACGUCUUGGGCUCCUCCUCCUCCGCCUCCAAUCUCAGCAAUUCCCGCCUUAUUCCUCCCCAAAACCCUAACCCUAAUCCCAAACCCAAACCCAAACCCAAUCCCAAACCUAGCCCUUCGCCAAAUCCCAAACCCUCAAAUGAAUUCAGCCCAUUCGAUCCUCUGAUUACCACCAGUAAUCGAUCGGCCAACGACUCCUCAUCCGCAGUCUUCAAUUGCCCAAUUUGCUCCUCUUCGUUCUCAUCGGAAUCCGAGGUCUCAGAUCAUAUCGAUCUCUGCUUAACCACCGCAAAUUCCAACGCCGAAACGCCCAUCGAAUCCUCCAUAGUGGCUGAGUCAGUCAGUUUGUACUUGUCGAAUCAGCCACGAAAAGAUUUGGUGGAUGUCGUGUUGAGACUGUUGAGUAAUGUUGCGAAGGAGCCUGGGAAUGAGAAGUUUAGAAGGAUUAGGAUGGGGAAUCCGAAGAUUAAGGAGGCAGUCAGCGAGGUUAAGGGCGGGGUGGAGCUUUUGGAGAUUUUGGGGUUUAGGAUUGGCGAGGAGGAGGGAGGGGAGGUUUGGGGAAUGAUGGAGGCCCCAACGGAGGACGGGGUUAGGGUUAUCAAGGAGGCGGUUUCAUUGUUAGAGAGGUGGAAGGAAGGUGGAUUGAAAGAGGACGAGAGCGCAAGUAAUGGUGUUGUUGAGGAGGAUAGGGUGAUCGAGAGGAAGAAGAUGGACCGAAAGUGGUUAGUCCCAUUUGGGGCAGUUGAAGUGCAUUGCUUUCCCGUAAAUUGUAAGAUGUUGAAGGUAGAGAUUUGGAACAUAAUGCAUGGUGUAGAUAUU